CAGAUAUUAGGAAUUAUUGACAAUGUGCAACAUGUCUCAAGAAAUAGAUUCUUUUUCUUUACCAGAAAACCUAACAAAUUAUGUCAAAAUGAACAAUACAACGUCCAGACAAAAAUAUUCCUUAGAUUUUGAAGCAGAACCUCUAGAUUAUACAGAAGAAGACGAAAGUGGUGUUGAAAAUGGUUCUGACGACCACCAAAUAUCACAAUAUGUACAAGCAACACUCGAACAAGAAAUCAUUAUUGAAAAUGAUUCUGAUGACCAAGAUAAAUCCUUCACAUGCACUUAUUGCCAAAAAGUAUUCAUGCGUGCAGAUAUUCUAGAUGUACACACCAGAACCCACACCAGACAAAACCCUUAUGCCUGCGAUAUAUGCCCCCAAACAUUCUCCAACACAAACGACUUAAUAAAACACCAACUAAUCCAUUCAGGAGCGACAUGUUUCGAAUGUGGCGUAUGCAACAAAGCCUUUACACAAAAAAAGAACUUAAGACAACACAUGAUAACACAUUCUGGUAAACGUCCUUUCAAGUGCACACUGUGCCCUAAGACAUUCAUCAAAAAAGCACAUGUUUCACAACACAUGACUUCACACACUGGAGAACAGUCUCAUAAAUGUGGUACAUGUGGUAAAAUGUUUGUCCGGUCAGAUUCUUUAAAGCAUCAUUUAAAAAUACACACCGGAGAAAUGCCUUUUGAAUGUGAGGUAUGCAACAAAGCCUUUAGAAGAAGAACUAAUUUAAAAAAACACAUGGCUAUCCAUAGUCCAAAAAAACCUUUCAAGUGCGAAGUGUGUGGUAAAGCCUUUACCAGAAUGGAUAGUUUGAAGACUCACAUGCACCAUCAUUUAGAAACAAAACCUUUUAAAUGUGUUUUGUGCGAAAAGGAGUUUACAUUGGAAAGAUAUUUAAAGAAACACAUGAGCAGUCAUGUGGGGGACAAGAAUUUUAAAUGUGAUGUGUGCGAGAGAGCUUUUGCACGAUCUGAUAAUUUAAAACAACACAUGAAAACACAUUGUACAGAUUUUGAAUGUGAAAUAUGCUUUAUGAAGUUUACUUCGUCAAAUAAGUUCACAAGGCAUAAAAAAACACAUUACGAGGUAGAAAUACAAGACUGA